UUUGAGCUCAGAUGUGUAGAUUGUUAAGCGUUCGAUGAGUUUCAAAUAAAGUUUAAAGUGCUGUAUUUGAAGAGAAGCGCGCGCAGGAAGCCGAUCGUAUUCGCUGCUCAGCUGUAUUUCUGCUGGCUUAGUGCAGCCCCUGCCCUGAUUGUCUUAUAUCCAGGUCUAUUGACGUGUAGAGAGCAGAUGGAGGCAGAGGGACUGAUCUGAUCUUUAGUCUUCAGAGGUCAUUCUCGCUACAGUUACAGCCACUUGUUGCCAGAUCGCUCAAAGACCGCGAGCGUGUCGCGACUCCGUUUCCAUAAAGAGCUAUUUCUUUGCAUUCGCGACACACAUCUAGAUGUUGAGACGGAAAUACAAGCACUUCUGACUUUGGGGAAAAAGGUCACUGUUGAGCAAAAUCGUCGCAUUUGACGGGAGAAGCAUGGUUGACAACACAAGCAUAGCGACUAAAUCUGCACUGCAAGCCGCUUUCUCGUCGGCGAGCAGUCUUCCUGUGCUGGUGUGCUCCUCCGGCGCUCACAGUCACUCGAGCGGCGGCAGCGGGAUGAAGCUGGAGGCGGUCAUGGAGAACCUGCAGCGACAGCAGGCGGCUCGACUCGCGCUGGAGGAGAAACUCCGCCAAGCCGAGAAGGAGAAAGAAAUCAGAUCAAUGGUGGAGUCGCAGAUUCACCAGCAAGCUAUCGCUUUCCGCCACUAUCAAGCAGCGGUGAGGGAAGCAUUCGCUGCGGGAGCCCCGAACUCGAGCUCCGGCCAGCCACACGAGCGCACAGCCGACUCCGACAUCGAUGAUGAUGAUGAUGAUGAGGACCCAGACCUUGACCGCGGCAUGGAUGAGGAAGACCGCGACUUGGAGGAAGAUGACAGUAUGAAUGAGGCUGGUGGGGAUGAAGAUAUGGAAGGACCCUUAGCUCAUUACCCACCGCGCCAUGCUGUUUAUCCCGGUGACGGGCAGUCUCCAAAAAGUACCCCGAUACAUCUGUCCAGAGUCCAGCCAACCUGUGCAGCUCCUAGACAGACUGAGUCCCCGAGUGAUUUGGCACCGCAAGCACAAUCACAGCACCACGAAUGGACUUAUGAGGAGCAGUUCAAACAGUCAGGCCAAGGCAGCGGGCCAGGGAGGAAGCUGAAAGAUUCGAGUGUUGCUUUCGGUGGCGGUGGCUCUUCGUCUUUGAUUCAGGAGGUCAGUAAUCACCCCACCCCCCAUUCCUCAUUUCUGCUCUCUUUCUGCUUUGUUCAAAUUGCAAUCACAGCCCCUUUUACUGGCCCCAGGCCUCCCUGUAACAACCCCUCCACCCAAACAGUAGUGACAGUCUGGAGAACUUACGCCUGUCUUGAUGAUAGCAUUAAAGUCAAAUCUUUUUUUUUCCCUAAUUGUGUGGAAUCUUUGGGGCAGUUCACGCAAAUAUUUUUUUUUUCUUAUUAUUUUCCAUACAAUUAAAAGGUCAGUAGUGUGCUGUGUGGUUCUGAACUAUUUUGGCUUUCAUUGUGAGAACAAAAAACAUUUUCAAGAUAUCUUAAAAAAGUCAUACAAGUUUUGAACAACACAAUGGUGAGUAAAUGAUGACAGCAUUUUUAUAUUUGGGUGAACUACCCCUUUUAAUGUCGUCUAAACUGCAUACUAGUGUAGUACUGUUAAAAUUCACUUCUGUAUUGAUUAGUUCUUGGCUCGAUUCAGAGGUAGAUGUAAAACACAUGCAUGAACACAAACAUUUUCUUUAAAUGGGAAAACACAUAACAUAACGUAACCUGAUUUAUAUGAGUGAAGAAUUAAUUCAGCCGCUAAGGCAUCAAUGAUCCACUUCUAACUCUAAGACAAAGUCAUUUCUGUCCUAACUCCAAAGUUUGAUACUAUCAAGGCCCAAAUUAAUCCAGUGCUGAAUUCAUGAAUAAGUGCUGCUCAUCUGACCAGCCAGUGCCCUAUAUAGUUCACAACCCACAUGCAGCAUAGAAGGCCUGCUUUGUUUUUAAUGUCCAGCAAUGAAUUCAAGGGUCAAUUAGAGCCUGAAUUCCACAGGCAUGUGACACAACAUUCCCCACCUUCAUGAAAGAAACCUCAAUUACAACAGACACUUUAAUGCAGAAGACAGCUCUGUUUUAAAGCCGUUGAUCAUUUUACUCAUUUAAGAAGGGCAAUUUCAGUACUAUUGCAAUGGAUGUCAUUUACUUCCAACUGACUUCCACACCUCCAUGCUAAAGGUUUUGCAGGUCAGUAAAAGAGACCUCUGCUUGCUGGUGCCACAGCAAACAAUUCAUAGUUUAAACAGCAUCAGACGCCUCUGGAUCCCAGGAAUUGUUUAUUUUACAGAUUUUGCCCUGUGCCCGAUUCCUUUCCUGCUGCUGCAAAGAUGAUUUAUCAGCUCUGAAGGGAACUAUGAAAUAUUUGAAAUGAAAACAAGCUUGUGUCGCAUUUUGUUCUGAGGGUUUGUUUUUUCCGUCUGGUUCAGUUGUUAAAGAAGGCUGUAACCAAAAAUAUUUCCACUCUAAAAUAAAAAGUAACACAGCCAUUAAAAUGUGGUUUGUGAAGAAUGUGAAGAAACAGAGUGGCGGGGGAUUUUUAAAUUCAUCUUAAAUAUCUGUAGUUUAGUUUUGAUGUUUUUUUUUUACUUUAUUCCU